GAACAAAAUAAAAAUGAAGAAAAAACUCGUGAAAAUUUUGUGGGCAGGACGAAUGUGUUAUCAAUCGGGUCUGCACUUGCAGCACCAAUUAUCAAAACAUCAUCACGAUCCAGAUCUACCUUCAGACUAUCCUAGAAACUCUCUCAUUCUGAUCGAACACAAUCCAGUCUACACCGUGGGAAUUCGCCACAAGGAUUACACUGAAGAGGACAUAACAAAUUUAAAAUCUACUGGUGCGGAAUUUCACAAGACAAAUCGUGGGGGAUUGAUCACAUUCCACGGACCAGGACAACUAGUUGUCUAUCCUAUAAUAAACCUGAGGGAUUUUCAACCGAGUGUCAGAUGGUAUGUCUGCCAGAUCGAGAAAAUGAUCAUAAGACUUUGCGCUGAAUUUGGAAUUAAAGGUGAAACAUCACCAGAUACUGGGGUAUGGGUUCGUGAUAAGAAAAUUUGCGCUAUUGGAAUUCAUGGGAGUCGAUAUGUCACGACUCAUGGACUCGGACUCAAUUGUAAUACCGAUUUGAAAUGGUUCGAGCACAUUGUGCCUUGUGGAAUUGAGGGGAAAGGAGUCACGAGUUUAUCUAGGGAACUUGAUACCGAUGUUGGAAUUGAUGACGUUAUUCCGGUCAUGAAGAAUGCGUUUAGAGAGGAAUUUCAGUGUGAGAUUGUGGAUUUUGAUAGGGGAGAUGCUUCCGGGUAUUUGAGGAAAGCUGUGCAAGCAGCUGAAAAGAUCUGAUAGUGACGUUUUUUAGGAAAUUAGAAGUUUUUAGAUUAAUUGUUUAAAUUGUGAUUGUUGUAUUCUCAUUGGGCUGGAUGAAUUUUUUUUCAUUCGAAAGAAUGGUGGAAUACGAAAACUGAAUGAAAAGUAUUAAAUAUUUUCAUUCAAUUUUCGUAUUU